GUGAGGUAUGCUGUUACAAGUUGGUCUUUGAUGCCGGAAUCUUCGUUAAAAUGGAUUCUCGAGGAGAUUCUUGGGGAGGUAAUAAUCGCGUUUAUAAUCGCAAGGCAAUGCCGCCUAAGAUGAUGGGCAAGGGGCACACGUACAUGAUGCAGGUGUUGCCUCAACAGGGUGUAUAUGCAAAGUCGCAGAGGCCUACACCUAUGAUGAUGCCUCAUGGUAUGCCACAGAUGCCUCCUAGUUGCAUGGGUACGUAUCCUGAUAACAGGGGUAUGAUGCCCAAAAUGAUGGGUAUGCCGGUUCCUGGAUAUAUGCCUAAGGGGAAGGUCGGUCAGCGUCCAAUGAUGCCUCGCAUUAAGACGGCUGAUCCUAUGGCUAACCGAUCUCCUAUAAUGGGUUACCAUACUGGUGGCGGUUCUCCUCAUGUUGUGGGUAAACAGCAUAUGAUGCAGCAUUCUAUGGUUCAUGGCGCUGUCAAUAUGAUGCCUGGUAGAUCGACUUCCCCUCGCAACAUGGGUAAUCAUAUAUCGCCAAUUGGCAUGGCACCUAAUUUGGUACCUGGUCACAUGAUGGCCAACAAUGCGUCACCUAAGGGUAUGAUGCCAAUGUAUCCUCAUGAUCCCAUGCACAAUUCGAAUUCCAUGGUGGUUACCGGCAACCGUGCUACAUCUUCACCUCAUAUCAAUAACCAGAUGAUGGGACCCCCGGUUGGCGUCCAGAUGGCGCCUAUGCAUCCCGGUUCAAUGGGCUACGAUCCUAGGAAGGCGAACAUUCAAUCCCAGAUGCUGACUCAAGGGCGUGGUCCUGGGUUAUCAGUACCGCAACAGCAACCUCCAAUGGUAAAGGUUCCUACACCGAUGAUGAAGCACGGCCUACAAAAGCAGAACCUCAUUCCAAAUUAUAACCAACAGCCAAUGCGCAGGCAGAUUGAUAUACCUCAGCGCCAAGUCAAUCGUCGAGCUCCGGAGGAGUAUAUGAGAAAACCACUAAACGUCCCACCUCUUCCUCUUGAGGAGGAGCAGAUGGAACCCUCCGUUGCUGAUGAGGACACAGCGGCGGAUGACACUCAGACGGAAGAUGCGGAAAAGGACCUAGAUUCGACAUUUAUGGAUGAUAUGCGUGAAUCUGUUAAGUCGUUAAUAUCGGAGCAGUUAUCUAAAGCUGCGAGCAUCUAUGGUACUAACUUCACGAUUACUGAUGAGGAUGACACUAUAAGCGCUCUGAUAGAGGGGUUUAUUCCCAUAUUUAAUCAAUUGUGGAUAGCUACUAAGAGUGCACAUAAAUACAGUAUGGACGAGGUGUAUAUGGAAUUAACAAACCCCGAUACGUCUCUGGGUCAGGGGAUAACUGCACGUCGUGAGAUUGAGCAUCUGGAAAGUUAUUUCCGGGAUAAAAGCGAUGUUGAGAAGUGUUUGUCGCGGUAUCGUACUCCAAUGAAACCGGUUGUCCGUGACACUAUCGGGAAUGCAUUGCCGUUAUUUACAGAAGUAACCCCUGCAAUGCGCGCUGAGGAGUAUGCCGAGAUAAGCUAUAAUCAGCGUCACAUGUCGCAAAAGAUUACGGCUGUCCAUUACCGCAACGCUUUAGAGGACGAUGUGAUUCGUGCAAUGCUACCCGAGAGUUUUCGUAUUCAGCAGAUUAAGAUGGCAUCAUGUUUACACUUUGAUAGUGGGACGCCGCCACAAUGUGUAUCUCCACCUGCUGAACCAGCUGAAAAGGAUUGUGCCGCGAGUGCAUUGUCUAAGUGUGCUACUACUAUGGAGACAUCGCAGUUUUCGUCUGUUGCAUCUAAGUUGUUGGACCAGGCUGGAGGUAGCUUCUUCGACAAGCUAGGUGAAUUACCUAUGUUACAAUUGGACAUGCGAUUUGCCAAAGCGCCUCAGAUAGUACCCGGGGGUGACAUGAUGAUGCAGUUUGCAGGUGGCAAAGCUGGGUUUCCCGGUCUGCAGAUGCCCUUCCCCAAGGGCGUUAACUAUCCUUUGGUUCCUAUUCCAAAGAUGAUGCCGCUAAUGCCUCCCGUUGAUACCAAGGCUCCUGGACCUGUUGUGACACAGCCUAUACCUGACCAAAGCAAUAUUCACGAACCAAAGAUUCUACCGGACUCGACACUACUGGUUAAACCUACGGGCAUGUCCAACCCCAGUCAACAUUUGAUGUUCCCCGGUGGUAUACCUGUGCCUAAAGCUGCAAAGGUUAAGGCUCCGCCACCAAUGUUUGGCCCUAGGUUCAAUUCAUGAU